AUGCAACAAAAUUAUGGUUUUAAAAUCGAAUGGUUUAUAACAAAUGAACGUUAUGGUAAUAAACAAACAAAUGGUUCUUGGUCCGGAUUAAUCGGAAUGAUUGUUAAUAAUAAAAUUGAUAUGGCAAUUGGUGGUAUAAGUCAAACAAAAAAUCGUAUCGAUGUAGUGGAUUUUCUUGAAUCACAUGAUCAAGAUCGUCUUACAUUUGCAAUUACCGAUCUGGAUAAUCGAUUAGGAUUACAUCAAACAUAUAAUUUUGAUUUAUUAUGGAAACCAUUUAUGUUUGAAGUUUGGAUGAUAUUAUUAUCAAUGUUCGUU